GAUCUCGUAAAGAUAAGUACCCCUCUCUUCUUUAAGCUAUAUAUUGUGCUAAAAAAAAAUAUAUAGGCAUCACCAGUAGCCAUUCUCUUCAGUUUAAAGUUACAUAGUUUUUCAUUGUUUUACUUAAUCUACAAUGGCUGCUUCAACAAUGGCUCUCUCUUCAUCAUCAUUGGCUGGCCAAGCUAUCAAGCUUGCCCCCUCCACCCCUGAGCUUGGUGUUGGAAGGGUUAGCAUGAGGAAAACAGCCUCCAAAACUGUUUCCUCAGGAAGCCCAUGGUACGGCCCAGACCGUGUCAAGUACUUGGGCCCAUUCUCAGGUGAGCCCCCAUCCUAUCUCACUGGUGAAUUCCCAGGUGACUAUGGUUGGGACACUGCUGGGCUUUCUGCUGACCCAGAGACUUUUGCCAAAAACCGUGAACUGGAAGUCAUCCACUCCAGAUGGGCCAUGUUGGGAGCCUUGGGCUGUGUUUUCCCUGAACUCUUGUCCCGCAACGGAGUCAAGUUUGGCGAGGCCGUGUGGUUCAAGGCCGGGUCUCAGAUAUUCAGUGAGGGUGGGCUUGACUACUUGGGCAACCCAAGCCUGAUCCAUGCACAAAGCAUUCUUGCCAUCUGGGCCACCCAAGUUAUCUUGAUGGGUGCCGUUGAGGGUUACCGUAUUGCUGGUGGGCCUCUUGGUGAGGUGACUGACCCAAUCUAUCCAGGUGGCAGCUUUGACCCAUUGGGCCUUGCUGAUGACCCAGAGGCUUUUGCUGAGUUGAAGGUGAAAGAGCUCAAGAAUGGUAGGUUGGCCAUGUUCUCCAUGUUUGGUUUCUUUGUUCAGGCAAUUGUGACAGGAAAGGGACCCUUGGAAAACCUUGCUGAUCACCUUGCUGACCCAGUCAACAACAAUGCUUGGGCUUAUGCCACAAACUUUGUUCCCGGAAAGUGAAAUGACUUGUGAAUUUUAUGUUAUUUAGUUAAAUAUGUAUUGGAUCUAUCAAGUGAGAAUGUGAAUUAUAUUAUUAUAUUUUAUAUAUCUCUUUUUAGUUCA